AUGUCCUUUUUCCUCCUCCUCCCCAUCCAGCUCCCUAUAUAUUUGAACCUCUGCAGAGCUGCAUCUUCUCGCUCGACUUGUCCCUAUCAGGCACGAUGCAGGCAGGACCACCUCUUUCCACUCCUCAUCAGCAGCUGACACCGAGCUCCAGCACAGAAAAAUGUGGAGCAUGUGGGCCAGGCUUCGCCUCCCCUCUGGAUGCUAUGAAAGGUCCCCGGGAGGAGAUUGUGUAUGUGCCCUGCAUCUACAGGAACACCGGGAGGAAGAGACCAGACUUUCUGGCCACUGUGGAUGUCAACCCUAAAUCCCCGCACUAUUGCCAGGUGAUCCACCGCCUGCCCAUGCCCAACGUGGGCGACGAGCUGCACCACUCGGGCUGGAACGUCUGCAGCAGCUGCUUUGGUGACACCACCAAGAUGCGCAACCGCCUGAUCCUUCCUAGCCUCAUCUCCUCCCGCAUUUAUGUGGUGGACACAGGAACCAACCCGCGAGCUCCCAGGCUUUAUAAGGUUGUCAACUCCGAGGAUGUGUUCUGGAAGUGUGACCUGGGUUACCCGCACACCUCCCACUGCCUGGGCAGCGGGGAGAUCAUGAUCAGCACACUGGGGGACCCAGCAGGCUACGGAAAAGGCGGUUUUAUUCUGCUGGAUGCAGAGACUUUUGAGAUCAAGGGGAACUGGGAGAAAGGAGACAAGACGCCUCCAAUGGGUUAUGACUUCUGGUACCAGCCACGCCAUAAUGUCCUGAUAAGCACUGAAUGGGGAGUCCCAAAAUGCCUAGGAUAUGGAUUUGACCCAAAUGAUCUGAAGAAAGGGCGCUAUGGCCGCCGCCUCAACGUGUGGGACUGGACCACCCACGCCUACAUCCAGGCCAUCGACGUCGGGGAGGACGCAGCGCCCCUGGAGAUCCGCUUCCUCCACAACCCGGCCGCCGCUGAGGGCUACGUGGGCUGCACCAUCAGCAGCGCCAUCCACCGCUUCUACAAGACCGAGCAAGGAGACUGGGCGGCGGAGAAGGUGAUCCAGGUCCCCAGCAAGAAGGUGGAGGGGUGGCUUCUCCCGGAAAUGCCAGGCUUCAUCACUGACAUCCUCAUCUCGCUGGACGACAGGUUCCUCUAUUUCAGCAACUGGCUGCACGGGGACAUCCGCCAGUAUGACAUCUCCAACACCCGCGAGCCCAAGCUGGUGGGACAGGUCUUCGUGGGAGGCAGCAUCAGCAAAGGCGGGCCGGUGACCGUGCACGGAGACGAGGAGCUGCAGAGCCAGCCGGAGCCGUUCGUCAUCAAGGGCAAGAAGGUGCCUGGGGGACCUCAGAUGAUCCAGCUCAGCUUGGACGGGAAGAGGCUGUACGUCACCACAUCCCUCUACAGCGCCUGGGACAAGCAGUUCUACCCCGACCUUAUCAGGGAGGGCUCCGUCAUGCUGCAGCUCGACGUGGAUACGGAGCGGGGUGGCCUGGCCGUCAACGAGAACUUCCUGGUGGAUUUUGGGAAGGAGCCGGAGGGGCCCUGCCUCGCUCACGAAAUCCGCUACCCCGGCGGGGACUGCACCUCCGACAUCUGGGUUUGAGUUCCCUGAGGACCGUGCGGGCGGGGGGCACCGGCGCCCUCCGAGCGGCAGCGUCCCGCGUCUCAAGAACCCGAGAAAUUUCGUACGCGUCACGCAGCAAACUCAGGUUUCAAAUAAAACAGCCAAGCUGUCCCCUGCACCUGUA